AUGAGGAGGUCAUCCAAAAGUUCGGGUGCGGUGCACAAGAAGGGGGAAAUUGGUUUGGGGUCGUCCAACGCGUCGAAGCGGCCCGACCCAAUGAAGAAACACAAACAAAAUGGGAAAAGCGGCCAGGUAGGACAAAGCAAGCACCGUAAUGAAACCAAACAGACAGUGUUGACCAAGCCGGAUAAGCCCACCAAAUCAAAGCAAUCGCCCCCGCCGAGGCGACCUGGAGAAGGGCCUCCACAAAAAGAUAACCACCCAGGGGGAAAUAAAAACACGAAGAAGGAUUCCCCAAAUGAUGUAAUCAUUAUAAAUAAAAUGGAAGCUGCCAAUAGGGAAAGGAUUAAGAGAGAAGGAGGAGGGUGUUUUCUAUGUCUUUGCUGUGGAAACAAUGAUGAUGAUAUUCUGAAUGAACUCAUUUUAGAGGAUGAACGGGGAAGGGAAGAGGCAGAGCGAGAAAAAAAGAGAAAAGAACAGGAGGAAGAAGAAGAGAGAGAAAGGGCAAAGGAAAGGGAACGACUGAGCAUGCUGGAGGAGGAAGACAUAAUGAAGCGUCUACUCGAAGCAGCCGCAGAAGGGAAAACAGAAGAAGAGAAGAAAAAAGUUGAACAACUGGACAAACCAAAGGAACAAGUAAAAAGAGGUUCCCGUCUAAUAAUAAAAGAUUUGAAGCCUAAAUUGCUGCAGAAGAAAAAACCCAAGUUUAGUUUCCUUGGAGCAGCAGCAGCCCCUCCCCCUCCUGAGGCCUCAGCCUGUGUUGGACCUCCACCGGAAGUUAAAUCAACAACCGUGCGAGUAAGAGAGGGAAUCUAUUUAAUAUAUAGUGAGGAAAACAACGGACAGCUAGAAUUGCAUUAUUCUAAACAACCCAUAAAAGGCAGAGGAGUAUUAGCCUAUAUAUUUUCGAGUACCAUCCCAGACUUUUAUUUUAUGAAAAACAACAUGAAGCAGAUUUUACUAAAAGACGUUGCGAAGAUAAUGCAGAGUAUUUACGUCAAUGAUUUAAAGCCUUACUACGAAUGUGUGAUAAAUUUCAUAAAAAUGAAAAAAAAAUUCAACGGCGUUUUAUACUUGUUACCUGCCUUCAAUGCUCAGCCCCCUCCAAAACUGGACGUCAUUUUUUUUGAUUCCAAGGAGAAGAAGCUGCACUAUGCCCCCAUGGAAAAAGAGAUCGAAUUCAAGGGCAACUUCAUUUUCGUCAUUCAGAAGGGGCUCCCAAUAUUCAAGGAGGAAAUCGAGACGGAGAAGCUCUGCUCCUACGUGUGCAGCUUCGGGGCGUUUCAGGACAUCUAG